CUGUAUGCGUGCAGUGACAGUGAUAGUGCUUGCUUCAAGGGAGGGAUGAGAGAGCAGAGAAGACUCUUCCACUCCAUUAAUUCCACCAUCAUUCCUUUGCAUAAAUAAAUAAACAGCAAGAGCAGCAGGCAGGCCGCAGGCAGGCAGGCAUUGUGAACGAUUUCGCCAUAACAAAAAGCAUUGGUGCCGUGCAAGCGCAAGUGACUAAGGUAGGUAACAGGCGGUUGGGUUGUAGACUGGUGGUGACGAGAUGGCGGGUGGUGGUGCUAUGGUGUUGGUGUUGGUGCUGGUGUUGGUAACGGCAGGAGGUGCAUGGGCGGCACCUGAGAAACAAGCCAAGAAAAAAGGUGGUAAGGGGGCACUGGACCCGGCGUCGACCCACUACGUGGUUCUAGACCCCAACGAGAAGACGGGGCAAGAAAGGUUCUUCUGCCUGGCCAGGGGGAAGUGCCGUUGGGACAUCAUUGAGUGCCCUCCAGAGUGCCCACAGCGCAAGCCCAAGAAGGCCAGGCUUAACAAGGGCUGCUUCGCCGACUGCAGCAGCCGCUGUGAGACCACCUGCAAAUAUAGGAAGCCCAACUGCAACGGUUAUGGGUCGGUGUGCUACGACCCCAGGUUCGUAGGGGGAGAUGGGGUAAUGUUCUACUUCCAUGGUGUGAAAGGGGCUGACUUCGCCCUAGUAUCCGACGAGCGCCUCCAGAUCAACGCCCACCUCAUCGGCACAAGACCCGAGGGCAGGGCCCGGGACUUCACCUGGGUGCAGGCCCUCGCCAUCAUGUUCGAGUCUCACACCCUCGUCAUUGCUGCCAAGAGGGUGGCAGUCUGGGACGACCACGUCGAUGCCCUUGCUCUCCGCUGGGACGGCAGGGAGGUCCUGGUCCCCACCGACGGCGACGCCGAAUGGAGGUCCGUGGAUGAAGCAACAGCAGAAGACAUAAUUAGCAGCAACAAGGAGAGAGAGGUGGUGGUGGAGCGGACGGAUGAUGCCAACGCCGUCAGGAUCAUGGUGUCCGGUCUUGUGGAGAUGGAUGUGAAGGUGACACCCAUUGGGGAUGAGGAGAACCGAAGUCAUGGGUACAGGCUGCCGGCUGGGGAUGCCUUCGCUCACCUAGAGACCCAGUUUAGGUUCACUAAACUGACGGAGGAGGUCGAGGGAAUACUGGGCCAGACCUAUAGGCCCGACUACGUCAGCCCGGUCAAGAAGGGCGUAGCCAUGCCCAUGAUGGGUGGCGAGGACCGCUUCCGUCUUCCCUCUUUGCUCUCCACCCGCUGCCCCGCCUGCUGCUUCCGUUACGUUGGACACCGAAUCCUGGAUGAGUCCGCAACCGUGGACGUGGCCCAGUACUAGAUACUAGAUAGUAGAUACCCCCUGCUAUUUACUAUUGUUCCUCAAUUAAUCGCAUCACUGUCUCCGCUCAAAAGCAACCAACCCAAAGACACUACUAUUAAGUAUUAACAUCACAAGCUGAGCUGAAAGUACUACAUCAUUUGGUUCAUCCGUAUUCC